AUGAGCCAGCUCAUUAGUGACGAGAACCGAGAGCCUCAGGCAAUGGCUUCUGCGGACCCUCAGAAGUCGGAUGCUUCGACAGAAUCACCGACGGCCAUAGACACAAAAGGAGAGGCACAGGUGUUCAACGAGCAGACCAACUACGUUUCCAAAAGCAAAAUCAUCACGAUCUUUCUGGCAUGUGCCACCGUCGAUCUGGUGGCACUCAUGGACCAGACCACCCUGGCUGCUAGUUUGACCAUCAUCGGCAAUGCGCUGCAGGCGGGACAGCAGCUGUCUUGGCUAGCCAAUGGCUACUUCAUAACAUCCACGGUCGGGCAACUCUUGUACGGCCGCCUCUCGGACAUAUGGUCCCGCAAGGCCAUCCUCAUGAUCGGGCUGGCCAUCUUCGGCAUUGGGUCACUGGCGUCAUCACUGGCCCAGACAGCCACCCAACUCAUCAUCUUCCGCUGCUUGACCGGUUUUGGAGGCGGCGGGCUCAUGACGGUUGCGCAGAUGAUUGUCAGUGACGUGGUGCCGUUGCGAGAGCGAGGCAAAUACCAGGGUAUCCUGGGAGCGGUCACUGCGCUGGCCAAUGGAAUCGGCCCCGUGAUCGGUGGUGCCCUCUCGUCUCGCGGAGGUGACUCCUGGCGUUGGAUCUUCCGGCUCAACCUGCCGUUGACGGCACUGUCCGCAGUAUGCGCGCUAUUCUUCAUGCCACUAAAGCGAGUGUCGGCCGAAUGGAGGGUUAAGCUGCAGGCCAUCGACUUCACCGGAAUCCUGUUAGCGUUGGCCGGCACCACCAGUCUCAUGCUCGGCUUGACUUGGGGCGGCGGCGAGUACCCCUGGAACUCUGCGGCUGUUCUCGCAAGCCUGCUCGCUGGUCUCGCUGUCUGCGUUGCCUUUGUUCUAUGGCAGUGGAAAGGGGCGAGUUACCCGCUCAUGCCCGUGGACAUUUUCCGUUCUCGAAUGACGGCAGGGGCAUGUAUCACCAUGUUCAUCAACGGCUGGAACUUCGUCGUGCAGGUCUACUACAUCCCCACCUUCUACCAGCUCGUCUACAGCUACGGGGCUACUAAGGCCGGCGUCAUGCUGCUGCCCAUCACGCUCGUGCAAACCGCAAGUAGUACCCUCUCCGGGCUGAUAGUUCACUGGGUGGGACGGUACCGUGAAUGCAUCCUUUUUGGCUGGGCUUGCUGGUCUGUUGGCCUGGCCCUCAUGUCCACCUUGGAUGAGACGUCAGGCUUGGGCAAGCAGAUCGGAUAUUCCCUGCUUAUUGGUAUAGGGGUCGGGAACACGCUCCAGCCAGCCCUGAUUGCGAUCCAGGCAGGAGUGCCACGAAAGGACAUGGCUGUUGUUACAUCAUUCCGCAACUUUGUCAGGAAUUUAGGGGCCACUUUUGGCCUUGCCAUCUGCGGGACCAUCUUGAACAACGUCGUCCGAGAUUCGGUAGACAGCCUGGAUUUGGAAGCUGAACCUCGCAAUGACCUACUACGUAAUCCGCAGCAAUAUCUAUCGAAGCUAUCUGAUGUAGAUGCCGAGCACAUCGGCGCCGCUCUUGCGCCAGCCUACCGGAGGUCAUUCAAAAUCAUCUUUCAACUUGGCGCGGGCCUCGCAGCUUUUGCUUUCUUUGUGGCUGUCUUUCUAAUGCCACAUAUUGACUUAGCUCGUCCAGACGAUGCCAAACUGAAGGAAGAAGGUCGCCAACCACGCGUCAAGGAGAAAUCCGAAGCAUCUGCAUGA